GUAACUAUUUAAUAAAGAAUGUGUGCGGAACAUGUUAUUAUGUUUGACACAUAUAUAUUGUAAGGCUGCAACUUGGGCUGGGUUAGCCCAAACCCAACCGGGAAAAUCAGGUUGGAGCAAGUUUGAGAAGAUUAUGAGGGACUUAUUGUGGGAACUAGGUGAUGAAAAGAUCAUUUAGUGAAGUGGGAGCAAGUUUGUUACCCUAAGGAGCAGGGUGGAUUAGGUAUAGGGAACCCAUUAAAGAAAAACAAAACCCUUCUAGGGAAAUGGCUGUGGAGAUUCCCUUGUGAAGAAGAAAGGUUGUGGCAUAGGGUCAUUAAAAGCAUUCAUGGUGAAGCAGAUAACAGCUGGGAUGCAAAACUAGCCCCCAAUGCAGCUCCAUUUUCUCCCUGGAAGGCAAUCUUUGAGCUAUCCAAGGUUCAUCUACUGUAUUUCACAUGGAUGCUAUUGAUUCAUCUUUGAAUAAUUUUUAUAUUCAGUACACGCUCAUAGUUCAAGGCACCAAAAAUGUAAUUAGUGCUUGCCGUGAUUGCGAGGUCAAAAGACUUCUGUACAAUAGUUCUGCCGAUGUGGUUUCUGAUGGUGUUCAUGAUAUAUAUAAUGGAGAUGAGUCCUUGCCAAUGCCUUGGAGAUUUAAGGAUAUGUUGAGUGAUUUAAAAGCUCAAGCAGAAGGAAUGGUCUUAUUUUCAAACGGUUGUGAUGGGCUUUUAACAUGUGCACUGCGGCCAAGCAAUGCUUUUGGACCUGGAGAUAAAUUCCUUAUACCAUUUCUCUUGACAGGAGCAAAAUUAGGCUGGACGAAGUUUAUUAUAGGCAGUGGUGAAAAUAUGUGUGAUUUCACAUACGUUGAGAACAUAGCCCAUGCUCAUAUCUGUGCAGUAGAAGCUCUACACUCUGCAAUGACAUCAGUGGCUGGAAAGGCCUUUUUCAUCACUAAUCUUCAGCCAGUGAAGUUUUGGGAGUUUGUUUGUCUGAUAUUGGAAGGCUUGGGAUAUCAAAGGCCAACAGUCCAACUUCCUGCUAGGAUGGUUUCCUUCUUUUUUGUUCUUGUCAGAUGGGUGCACAAGAAGUUGGGGUAUGAAGGAGAUGUCCUUUCCUUACUGACUCCUGUGAAUGUUCACCUGCUCUCACACACAAAGACAUUCAACUGUUCUGUAGCUCAAAACCAUAUUGGAUACUCACCAAUUAUAUCAUUAGAAGAAGGUGUUACAUUAACCAUUGAAUCAUUCUCUCAUUUAGAAGAAGCUUCACCUUCCAUGAGAUUCCAAAACUCUACUGAACCAUCUAAAGCAAAUAUAAUGCUCGGCAGUGGAAGAGUUGCUGACAUUCUUUUAUGGAGAGAUGAGAAGAAAACAUUUUCUUGUUUUCUUGCUUCAUCUCUAUUAUUUCACUGGUAUAUCCUUUCUGGAAGAACUUUUAUCUCAUCCACCGCCAAGCUUCUUCUAGUAGGCAUAGCCAUCCUUUUCAGUAUUGGCUUUCUACCAUCAAGAAUGUUUGGUUUCACUUUUCAAGGAAUCUCUUCAUAUUUUGAAAUUUCAGAAUCAGUGAUUAGAGAUGCUUUUUUGUUCAUUGCAUCUGUUUGGAAUAGAGCAGUUCUUACAUUAAGAUCAUUGGCACAAGGAAGUGACUGGAAUUUUUUCUUCAAGGUUGCAACACCUUUAUAUUUUCUGAGGUUGCUUUUACCGUUUUCCUUCUCUGCAGUUGUCAGUGUAGCAUUGGUUUUUGUGUUCACUGCAUUCUUUGUGUAUGAGCAAUAUGAAGAUGAAGCCAGUAGAGUAACUGAAGCUGUUACCAUUGGUACGAGGAAACUAAAGGGAUUGUUGAUUAGAAAAUUGCCACCAUCCUUAUCAGCAUUUGCUUGUAAUUACAACAUACUGUCUCAAGACGAAUUUCCUGCUGGACCUAAGGAUCAACAGAUUCAACACCAAGAGUAGCUAAUAACUUGUCCAGUUUCAUUAACUGUUAAAUUCUUGCAGUAUAGAUCAAGCCAUAGAGAUGGGGUAAGUUUCUUCACACACUAGAAGCAUUGUGAUUUAGUAAUCCAUAUAUUAGAAAGUCUUGAAGUACCUCACUACUUUGUUGGUGCCUUCUUGAUGAGUAUCUUAUUGAGCAUGAAUGUACUAAUGAAUUUCCCAAUGGCAGACAUUGUCAUGUCUGGUAAAUCACUAGUAAAGAAGAUCAACCGGCCUCUGUAAUGGUCCUUUAUCAGCUAACUACUCACUUUCAUUCACAUUUAAUAGGAUUAUGUUUAGUAGAGAGCAUCGGAACAGAUUUACCUCCCAACUUUCAUGUAUCUUUCAAUAAUGUAAGACACUAUUUUUGUAGGAACAAGAAUUCUUGAACUUGCUGUUUCACUACCAAGGAAUUAUUUAAAAUA